UUAAAUUGAAAUUCAGUGUCCGUGACUGUGACUGUGAUUGCUGCUAAAGAACUGAACUCAGGCCAUUUCAGUCGCGGUCAGUAGCAACUAGCAACCCAUCACCAACCAGUUCGUCGGCUAACUUCCGUCGUCGAGUCAAGGUGUGACGGUUUCUGAUCUUUAAUUUUACUUUUCUAUCUUCAAUUUUGCUCUCACUGGUAAAAUUUAGAUUUUACUUUCCGACUAUAGAAUGAGAUGCGACUGUAGAGAUUCUUGUUGUUCCGGCCAUGUUAAUGAUAACGACGAAUCAAAUGAACCUACAUUAUCAACAAAAAGGCAGAGAACGUGUCGCAUCACUGAUAAUUCCGGUAGUUGUAAUAGUAAAUGUAAGAGUACAUAUAAAGCUAGGGUUCUAUAUAAUGAUAAUGUAGAUCCUGAUUACCGCGAAUUUCUUGAUUUAGAAGCAACUCGUGAUAAUGAUGACUUUAGUAAAGGUAAAUCUAGUGCUGAUGGAGUGUAUGAUAGUACUAAUUGUAGUGAUGGAGAUGAUAAUUGUGUCGAUUCUGAUUAUCGAAAAUAUUUGGAUUUGCAUGGUCAUGAUAUUAAUGAAGAUGAUUGUUUUGUGGAUUCUGAUUAUGAGAAGUAUCUUGCUUUAGAAGCUGUUGAUGAUGAUGGUAAUGUUGGUAAUGGUAAUAACACUAAGAAUGCUAGUGAAGAAGGGGAUCACGCGGAUGAUGAUUAUGUGGAGUUUUGCUUUUCAUUAGCAGCUCAUGCUACUAAGGAAGAAGUGGAUGAUGAAGAAUGUGAUGUGGACGAUGACUACAGUGAGUUUUUAACUUCAAAAGGAGUUGGUGAUGGUGGUAUUGACUAUUGAUAAAGAAUGCUGAUUUGGUGGAGCUGUUUGAUUUACAGGCUGUGGGUGAUAAGGAAUGUUGGUAACUACAUUACUGAGUAUUUUAUAAAAGAGAUAUAACAUCAAAGUAUACUUGAAUCUGCUUCUGCUCUUAAGACAAUUAUUUCUGCAAAACGGCAUAUCGAUGUUAAUGCUGUUUAUUAAACUAUAGAGAAUAGUUUCCCUGGUGAGCUAUGCUGGACAGGGACUUGUUGAGUCUAAAAUGGGGCCACUGCUGGAGGGCUAUUGGUAGAAGAAGGCAAGUCAUGUCUGCUUGAAGUUCUUAUGAAUGAUUGGGUUUCUAACUCUGUCAUAACUAUAAUGCUCUAGCUCCUUUUCUAACCCUUAUGUAUUGCUGUUAAGCUAUUGACUGAUUGGAUUCUGUCAAAACUCGGUCGGAAACUCUCUGGACAGCUAGGGAAAUGAAACUCUGAGUUUUAAAAGCGUUUGCGGAAAUGGAAAUGAAUGCGGAAACAUUGAACUCACGAAGUUUCCAUGCAACAUAGGCGGAGUAUUACCAAGUUAUGAAGUAAAUUGCCUAAACAUAUCAAGUUUGACUUAUAUGAGCCCAUCUCAAAGUUUAAAGACCAGAAAGACCAUAUGCUUUAAUUUUUAUUGCUUACUUUGAAGCAAGACCUUCUUGAUUUCCUCCAUCUCCAACAUUUAUGUAAAGAGGGGCAGAGUCAUCAGGCACAGGAUAACAGGGGCCGCUAGUAACAUUGUAGUGAAUGUUCGAGUAACGAUGCUAGCAUCAAAAAAGAAGAAAGAAAACAGAGUGCCUUCAGCCAUCCUUUCAUUUGUUUGUCAAUGUGAAAGCCAUAGAUAUAUACGUACCGAUCUCUCAUAAGCAUGAACAUGACCAGAAAAGACUAUGUCGACUUUGUGUUCAACGAACCACUUCUCGAAGUUUGAUCGCAUGCCUUCGCCCUCCAUGAAGUGUGCCUCAUUGCUGUUGUAGAGCGGGACAUGCGUGAUAACAAAGAGCCAAGGUGUUUCUGUCCGGUUAACCUUUUGGAGUUCUUCAUAGAGCCAAAUCCACUGAGGUGUGUAUGUUGCUAUUCAUAAGUUUGAAAUCAUUCGGUUUGUAUAAAUUGCAUUUGAAUUUCUUUUUUAGUCAUGAAACAGGGUAGAAAAUGUUACCGAAACCAGAAUAGCUGUUGAGUACAAUAAUAUGAGCAGAUGCUCGUCUGAUAGAAUACCAAAGAGGAGUGCUACUAUUGGAGGCCAUGUAAGGGGUAGGGUACCUAUACACAUAAUUCUUGAAAGGAGUGGUUUCUCCCUGCAUGUACAUUUCAAGUAUUAGAAGCUAGACAAUAAUAUACAUGGUUAAGAAUUUAGAUCCGAAUUACUAUUUCCCCUCUCAAUUUUGAAAAAUCACUCUCUCCUUGACUUUAAUGUUCUAUAUUAAACCAAAACCCCCUUAUAAAGGAAGGUUUUAGUUAAAGAAAGCUAAAACGUGCAUAACAAUUUUAGAACUUCAUGGGGAAAAUAAUAGUUCAUAUGUAAAUUCAUAGGGUUAAUAGUAAUUAACCCCAAUAUAUAUAGCAUUUCUCUCUUUCAAGGACGUACAAAAACUGAACCAAAUUGAUUAAUUACAGUAAAUUUUUAUUCGGUUUGAUUAUGAUAAGGAUAUUAAUAGUUUACCAUGUAAGGGAAGUACUCAACAUCAUGAUUUCCAAUAGACCAAAACCAGGGCAAAUAAGCAGUACUAUUUUCAACAAGACGACCCCAAGAAUCCCAUCUUAUACCAACACAGUUAUACUGAUAUUUGUCCGCAUAAGAUAGAUCUCCGAGAAACAACAAAGCUUUAGCUUUACUCUUCAUGAAAUGUCUUAGAGUAGACAAUGAAUUGAAUGUCUGUCCCAGGUCACCUGUCAAAUUCAAACAUAAAUUUAGGUGAUCGAGAUUUGUUUUACAGAAAUUUCUUAUCUAGGUCGUAUAUUCGCACUCGCAUGAAUUCAUUAUAUAAUUUAAGAAUAGCGGAAGGGAACUGACCGAUAAUUCCAAACGUAUAAGGUAAAUCCGGAUUGAUCGCGGGAGGCGUUUCGAAGGAAAAUUCUCGAGAAGAAUUACCCUCCCCAAGCUUGUAGUAGUAUUUGGUAUCAUACUGGAAAUUAAAGAAAUUAAGUAAAAUUCAUGAUUCUAAGUAGCAAGUAAUGGAAAAUAUAUUAUUACCUGAAGGUCACUAAGGAGACAAGUAUGAAUAAAACCAGAUUUGUAUUUGUAAAAUGUGAAGUUGGUGACUGUGCCCUCGGCGAUAAAAGCAUAUUUUUUAUCGAACGUGCCAUAGAACACUUUGUUGGAGCCUGGUUCAUCAGGAGUCACCCAUGACACUAUUACAGCUUUUCCAUUGUAGUCACCUUGGAUUAUAUGCACCUGGUUUUACGGGCGGAGUUAAGAUUUGAAGCUAUGAAAUCAACAAUUUUAGUAUCUCGAAUUUGCUUACUUGUUGUGGUGCAUUAUAACCAGGAGGAGGAUUAAAUACUGGAUUAUCGAGAGGGAUAUCAGUAGAUGGAAACGCAGAGCGAACGUAAGAACUGGUGAUUCCUGCAUUUCCACUCUUCACAGAUCCUGAUAAUACAAUCAAUAUGAGUUGAACCAACAUGACCAUGGACUUCAUCAUCAUUCAUCAAUCUGCAAC